GUCCUUUUCAACACAGCAGAUUCGGUCACACUGAACACAUUUUGUUUAUAUUUGUCGAAAGCAAAAAUAAAUGUCAAAUUUACAAUUAACCCAGGAAAAACUCGACGCUCUGCGAUCGGAGUACAGACCGCGCAGGCCGUGCGCGUUGCUGAAGUAUCCGCGACCGAAAACAAAGCCCGAAUACCAAUCCAUAUAUCCGUGGAUUAUACUGGAUGAAACGGAUCCGCAUUUUGUAUUCUGUGCCAUCUGUGAGUGUCGCCUAAGCGCGAAGCGCUCCGAUCUGGGCAAGCACGAGGGCAGCAUCAAGCAUUCGGAAAAUGCACAGCGCAAGUCGGUCAUAUUCAAAGCGGAGCCCCAGGUGGACGAUGUCAAGUGGGAGUACAACGAUGACGAUAUGAGCCUAUUGCCGCUACAGUUUGCCACAGCAAGCGACUUAUGCAAGACGGAAGCGGACAACGAGGAUGACGAAGCCGAAGAAGAUGAAGAGGAGGACGAAGAUGCAGUGGCUGAGGCAGAUGACGAAGAUGCGGAACCAGAAGCGGACGCUGAUGCCAAUGCAGAUACAGAUGCUGGUCCCGAUGCCGAUGCAGAUGCAGAUGCAGAUCUUGAUUCCGAAUAUGAACCGGCUUGCAAACGUCGCGUCUCGGAAACAGACUCUCAGCACUCCGGUAUGUUUGAGAAUUUGCCGCUGCAAGUAACCAUCAAUGAAACGCCGCACGGACAGCUAAUGCCAGCUACCCAAUUAUCCACAAACUGCUCGCCCGCGACAUCUACGCCGCUGCCCUGUCGCAUAACAAUUAAAAAGGUGACGGCACCGAUGACAAAGGUGCCCAGCACGGGUGCCACACCCACGAUUGGCUCGGCUGAGAUCACCUCAAAGGCGACCAUAACGCCCAUUGCGACCGGCUGCUACACGCCCUUGCGGCAGCCCCAGCUGCAGUCGUAUGCGUCCAGGCAACUGCAGUCCUAUCAACUUCAGCACCUCACCUCAAUAGAGCCCGCACCGCGCGACUCUCUGGAUCUCUUCUUUGACAGCAUUUGUGCCACGGUCAAAGGGCUGCCGCCCAAAUUGGCCACCGAGGGUAAAAUACGUGUCAUGCAACUAAUUGGUGAACUGGAGCUGCGUGCGAUUAACGAGCGCGAUGCACCGUCCGCCACGCAAGCAACAGCCACGCCUCCAGAUCCUGCCUCAGUGACAGCAGCUGCAUCGGCAGCGUCGUCGGAUGCGCCCGGCAGCAGCCAGCAGAUUGCAACAGUUGCCUCGACCACCAAAUGAUGGCGACGCGGGCUUAGUCAAUGGAAUCAGUUCAAAUCAUACUCCUUAACAUAAAUGCGAGAUUGUGUAGCAAAAAUUGUUAAUAUUGACUUCUAUAGUAUAAGGAUUUUCCUCCAUUCAUGACCAUU